AUGGCAACUGUAUCAGAUAUUACAGUGUCUGCUGCCAUUAACAGUCUAUCCGCCCUACUAUUUCUUGUGGCAUUUGCUAUCUUACGCCUGCAACCAGUGAAUGAUCGAGUUUACUUCCCAAAAUGGUAUAUCAAAGGCAUAAGAGAAAAUCCAAGUACUUCAGGACCUCUUGUAAAGAAAUUUGUCAAUCUUGAUUUUAGAAUGUAUUUAAGAUUCUUAAAUUGGGUUCCUGCUGCAUUAAGAAUGCCAGAACCUGAGCUUAUUGAUCAUGCUGGCCUUGAUUCUGCUGUCUACAUUCGAAUCUAUCUUCUAGGUUUGAAGAUAUUUGUUCCUAUUGCUAUACUUGCUUUUGGUGUUCUGUUACCUGUUAAUUAUACAGCUGGAAAUUUCAAGGAUAUAACCACUAAUAUGAAAGAUAUAACUUUUGGUGAGAUAGACAAGUUUUCAAUAUCCAAUGUCCCUCCUGCAUCAAAAAGGUUAAUUGUGCAUAUAGCAAUGGCGUAUGUGUUCACGUUUUGGACAUGUUAUAUUCUUUAUAAAGAAUAUAAAAUCGUAACUAACAUGAGGUUGCAUUUUCUUGCUUCUGAAAAUCGUCGUCCAGAUCAAUAUACUGUUCUUGUGAGAAAUGUCCCCCCGGAUCCAGAUGAAACUGUUAGUGAACAUGUUGAGCAUUUCUUCAUUGUUAAUCAUCCCGAUCAAUAUCUUGUACAUAAGGUGGUGUACAAUGCAAAUAAGCUUGCAAAAAUGGUGGAGAAGAGUAAGGAUUUGCAUAAUCGGCUUACUUACUACUCAAAUAAGUACGAAAGAAGUAAUAAAAGGCCAACCACUAAGACAGGUUUUUGGGGACUUUGGGGAAAGACUAUCGAUGCGAUUGAUUACUAUACAGAAGAAAUCGAGAAGCUAGCGAAAGAAGAAUUAGCAGAACGAGAACGGGUGAUUGGUGACCCGAAAGCUGUAGUUCCAGCUGCGUUUGUUUCGUUCAAAUCGCGAUGGGGUGCAGCCGUUUGUGCUCAAACACAACAAAUCAGGAAUCCGACUCGUUGGCUCACGGAUUGGGCUCCGGAGCCACGCGAUGUGUACUGGGACAAUCUUUCGAUACCAUUUGUCGAACUCAAUGUUCGAAGAUUAAUCAUGGCUGUUGCUCUGUUUGGUCUUACUUUCUGUUUCAUGAUCCCUAUCGCCAUUGUUCAAACUUUGGCCAACAUCGAAUCAAUCGAGAAAGUUUUACCCUUUCUGAAACCAAUUAUCCAGAAAGAUUCCGUUAAGUCUGUGAUUCAAGGGUUUCUUCCCGGAAUCGUGUUGAAGAUUUUUCUCAUCGUUCUUCCCAUGAUUCUAAUGGAAAUGUCUAAAAUAGAAGGCCUCACAGCAAUCUCAGCUUUGGAAGCGAGAUCAGCAGGAAAAUUUCAUCUCUUUUUGCUCGUCAACGUGUUUCUCGGAAGCAUCAUAACUGGAACCGCGCUUCAGCAACUCAAAGAGUUCUUGGAUCAGUCGCCAUCCCAGAUUCCAGAAACUGUCGGCGUGUCUAUUCCAAUGAAAGCAACAUUCUUUAUCACUUACAUCAUGGUCGAUGGUUGGGCUGGAAUUGCUGCUGAGAUUCUGAGACUUGUUCCAUUGGUUAUCUAUCAUUUAAAGAACGUGUUCUUGGUGAAAACAGAAAAGGACAGAGAGGAAGCCAUGGAUCCUGGUUCAUUGCUUUGGCCUGUAACUGAGCCUCGAUUACAGUUGUACUUCUUGCUUGGACUCGUGUACUCAACCAUCACUCCUAUACUCCUUCCAUUCAUCAUCGUCUUCUUCGCUUUUGCUUAUAUGGUUUUUCGUCAUCAGAUUAUCAAUGUGUAUAACCAGAAGUAUGAGAGUGCAGCAUCGUUUUGGCCAGAUGUUCACAGGCGUAUUAUUAUUGGUUUGAUGAUUUCACAGUUGUUGUUGAUGGGAUUGUUGAGCACAAAAGAGGCUGCAAAUUCAACACCUUUUCUUCUUGUACUUCCGGUUUUAACCUUCUGGUUUCAUAGGUUUUGUAAAAACCGAUUUGAAUCUGCAUUCAGAAAAUUCCCUUUACAGGAUGCGAUGAUCAAGGAUACACUAGAAAAGGCAACAGAACCACACCUGGAUCUGAAAGGGUACCUCAAGGAUGCUUAUAUUCAUCCAGUUUUCAAAAGUGCAGAUAUUGAUAUAUCAAUGGAACUUGAUGAUGAAGAUGAUUUUCAAGUUGUUGCUACAAAACGGACUUCGAGAAGAGGGAGUCAAACUGCAACUCGAGAAGGUAGUCCUGAGGACAGAUCCGGUAUUUUGUCUGUUUAAAGUUUGUCAUUUGUCAAUGACUAUGAAAGAAAAGAUGU